ACCCACAAAACCGAAACCCUAACCAAAUAGACCCACCAUUCGAACACGCCAAACCCUUCUCCGACCCUUCCCGCCGCCGCCACUCACACCACCACCUCCUCCUCACCCCCCCCCCUCUCUUCCCGUCCGCCGUCGUCGCCAUGGACGCCGGCGGCGCCUCCGACGCCUCGCGCCAGGUGCGCGUGCGCUUCGUGACGAAGCUGCCGCCCCCGCUUCGCGCGCCGCCCGCCGCCAUCGCCGUCCCCGCCGACCUCUCCCGCAUGGGUCUCUCCGAGAUCGUCAACAGCCUCCUGCUGGCCGCCGAGCCGGACCACCAAGCGCAGCCCUUCGACUUCCUCGUGGAUGGAGAGCUCGUGCGGCUGCCGCUCCGGCAGUUCCUCAUCGCCAAAGGCAUCUCUGCGGAGAGGGUGCUGGAGCUCGAGUACGUGAAAGCCGUGGCGCCGAGGAAGCAGGAGGAGCCCUGUCCCCACGAUGACUGGGUUAGUGCGGUCGAUGGAUCGAACCCGAGUUUCAUAUUAACUGGUUGCUACGAUGGUCUUGCAAGAAUAUGGAAAGACGGAGCAGUAUGUACACAAGUUUUGGAGGGGCACAGCGGUGCAAUUACUUCUACUAGAUUCAUCAAUAAAGGAGUUGAAACCAAGGGCAGUCUGCAUGUAGUGACUGGCUCGAAGGAUAGGUCAUUGCGCCUAUUCAAGUGUGAAACGUCGGUCAAUAUGGACUACCAAAAGCGGGUUGGGGCUUACAAAAUUCUUCGCGGGCACACAUCAUCUGUUCAAAGUAUUUCUAUAGACCCUUCCAGAAAUAUGCUAUGUUCUGGUUCCUGGGAUAGCACCAUCAAGCUGUGGGCGGUCGAAGGGUCAGAAGAAGAUGGUGACACUGUCUCAUUGAAGAAGAGAAGGAUGAAUUCUGACUCAUCUGGACCUGAAGAGUCUCAGUUAGAGGGUUCAGCCACUUCAACACUUCUGGGACAUACACAGUGUGUUACUGCUGUUGCCUGGCCUGAGCAGCAAACAAUAUAUUCAGCUUCUUGGGAUCAUUCUGUUCGGCAGUGGGAUGCCGAAACAGUGAAAGAAACAUGGAAUAUGGUUUGUGGGAAGGCCUUGAAUUGCUUGGAUUGUGGUGGCGAGGGCUCUUCACUGAUUGCUGCUGGUGGCUCUGACCCUGUCUUGAGGGUAUGGGACCCUCGCAAACCUGGAACUCUAGCUCCUAUUUUUCAGUUCUCCUCUCACUCAAGCUGGAUCACUGCUUGUAAAUGGCAUCCAAGUUCCUGGUUUCAUUUGAUAUCGUCUUCGUUUGAUGGGAAAGUGAUGUUGUGGGACCUAAGAACAGCAUGGCCGCUUGCUUCUGUGGACUCGCACAAAGAUAAGGUUUUGUGUGCCGACUGGUGGAAAGGGGACAGCGUGAUCAGUGGUGGAGCUGAUUCCAAGCUAUGUAUCUCAUCUGGGAUCGAAAUUGUGUGAGAAGAUUUUCCACAUGUUUCUUGUGUCCAUGCUAUUGAGAUAAUAUUGGUUGACAAGUCAUCCCUAAAAGCCAAACAAUGUCAAUUGUGGUUGAGAACAUAUGCACCAAUUGUUCGUCAGACCAAGGUACCACAUGGAGCUUGCCAUUUGUGUAUGCACUUAUGCAUGAGCCUGCAUAAGUAAGAUCCAUAGUAAUGGAUUGCCACACUUUGCUCAUCAACCUUUUGCUUGUUAUGUCGUUUGGUGAAAUUGACACUAAAAUCGAUAUAUUAUUGCAAGAUCAUGAAUUAUAGUUCUGAGUUGAUUGUUGGGCUGGCCGCUUUGCUUCA